UCAUGUACCUCACCAGGAGCAAAGCUAAAAAGGCCAUGGGUGUCAUCUUUGUGGCCAUUACCUGUUUUGUCGCCAUUCAAGAAAUCGCAAACCGGCAGAGUCGAGUACGGAAAGACACGCAGGAAUCGCCUCCCCUCGCCCCGGGAAAACAGAGGGAAUCAUUGAUGAGCGAAACGGCCCGUGAGAACCCUUCUGAUGUGAACUUGCUACACGAAACGCCCCUCGAAAGACCUUCUAUCAAGCAGGAAAUCGCCAACCAGCCCCCGAAUGCAUCUUCUCAAAAUAAUCCUCUGUACUCCGACGAAGUGAUCAAUCAACACAUUGUUAAUUUCACCGUGGUCAACGGGGACGCAUGUAAUCGAAAUGCCUCAAGCCAACAUCGGAAGGUGUUCCUUCUGAUUCUGGUGAAGUGCCGACCGGGGGACAGCUUCCCGAGGGAGCAAAUACGGAAAACCUGGGGAGGGUUGAGCGAAGUGGACGGCAAACGGAUUCUGACCAUGUUCCUGAUUGGAAUGACAACCAAUUCUACCCUCAUGGCCAAGGUGGUGGACGAGAACCGGCAACACGGCGAUAUCAUCCAGGGGGAUUUUAUGGACCAUUACUUGAACCUAACCCACAAGACGAUGAUGGGCUGGCGGUGGGCCUCUGAGUUCUGCCCGGGUGCCGAGUACGUGGCCAGCGCGGACGCCGACGUGCUGCUGAACUUACACAACAUCGUCCGGCGGUUGAGCGAGAGACCGCGGGAGAGGUUCGCCGAGGGGAAGGUCCAAGCUGGGGCCAAGCCGUUCCGAGGAAACAGCAAGUGGCACACCAGUAAAGAGACAUACCCGGAGCCGACCUACGCGCCUUAUUUCUCCGGGGUGUGCUACGUGUUGUCCGGAGACGUGGCCGCCAGAGUCUAUAAAGAAUCGGCGCACGUCCGCUUCUUGCCCUGGGACGACGUCUACAUAGGCCUGGUCCUGAAGAGGCUUGGAGUGGUACCCAAAAAUGUCAGAAAGUACCUCAAGUUCAAGGAGAGCUAUCAGGGAAUCGAGGAUGCUCUCUCUAGCGGCCCAGCAGUACUUGUUGGUACUGAGAAGGACCAUGCAUGGACGACGCAUGACCGUCACAACGCCCAACUCGUAAAGAUUUGGAAGAAAGUUACUCAGAAACAGGACGCCACGGAUCGUACAAAGAAAAAGCUUUAGUUGUGAUGUGUAAAUUAGGUUUUCUAUUAAUUUCAUCAUUUGCCCCGUGUGGAUCGGGGUGUAACGAGUCAAAACAUUAGUUGUAAAAUACAGUAAUCAAUAUUAUCGUGAGACGGGUCUCGAGUUUAGUAUA